AAUGGAUCCCACUCCGUCGCUGCCCUCGCUCAAACUCUUCUCUCUUACAGGCCAGAAUGCUCUCAUAACAGGCGCAACGAGGGGCAUUGGUGCCGCUUGUGCCAUAGCGUUGGCGGAGGCGGGGGCUUCAGUAUGCCUCGUGCAGCGCCCCCCACAAGAAGGCCAAUCUCCAAACAUGGAGACGGCCAACACCAUAUCGGCUCUGGGCGUUACAGUGAAGACUGUAUACGCCGACCUGGCUGACAUGGAAUCGGUAAAGACUAUCGUGCCUCAGGCGUUGGAGGCCAUGGGUGGCGAAAUCCACAUCCUCGUCAACUGCGCUGGAAUACAACGGCGAUCACCGAGUGUUGAUUUUCCAGAGAAGGACUGGGACGAUGUUAUCAAUGUCAACCUGAAAUCCGUGUGGCUGCUUUCACAAGCUGCUGGCCGGCACAUGGUAUCGAAACGCCGUGGCAAGAUAAUCAAUAUAGCAUCCCUCAUGACAUUCCAAGGCGGUUUGAACGUGCCCGCGUACGCAGCUGCCAAGGGCGCCCUGGGCCAGCUCACCAAAGCACUGUCAAACGAGUGGAGCCAGCAUAACGUGCAAGUCAACGCGAUCUGUCCUGGGUACAUCGCGACUGACAUGAACGAAGGUCUCCGUCACGACGCGGUCCGCAUGCGACAGAUCUCGGAACGCAUCCCGGCCGGACGCUGGGGCGACCCCAAGGAUUUCGCGGGUCCUACCGUCUUCCUCGCGAGCGCGGCCAGCCAGUACGUGUGCGGGGAGCUCAUGCUCGUCGACGGGGGAUGGAUGGGCCGCUAAAGCAGAAUCGGUACGGCAGCAGUCAGUCUCAGCGCCUAUCGCGGGUGUUCUGACGGGCCACGUAUACCUCGCGCGGAAAAGGAAAGGGUGGACGGCCCGUGUCAGGUGUAUGUAGGGGCGGUUAUGUAUAGUGUAGCGGCCAAUUCCAUCCAAGCAUGCGUCAACGCAAUCUCUCGCGGUAUCUAUGUGCAUCUCAGAUUCCAC